CUGAGAUCUAGGAAGCCUGACGGAUUGACCUUGGGACCUUCACCCUGAAAAGCACCCAGAAACCCCUCCCACCCCCACCGGAGUCCAGUCGUCACUCAGGAAUCAGGCAGAUUCCCAACCACCCACCUUCCUAGCUUUCAGACGCAGCCCAGAGGCACACAGCAGUCCUUUCUACAGAGUAAGUAGCCCGGGAGAAUCUGGACUGAGCCAUGAGUUUCGCCAUCCGCCCUUGCGCCCCAAAGGACAUGAAGGACAUCAUGAGACUGGUGAAGGAGAUUGCGGGCAUUUACAACGUCCCUCUGGGCUCGCUGAGGACCAACGUCGAAGAACUGAAGAAAGCCGGUUUUGGGGAGCAGUCCUGGUACGAGUGCCUUGUGGCCGAAGUCCCCGCCGAAGAGAAAAGCAAGGAAGGCUACACCCUUAUCGGGUACACCCUCUUCUCGUACACCUAUAGCACCUGGAGGGGAAAAAACAUCUACAUGGAUAAUCUGUACGUCAUGCCGGAAUUUAGAGGGAGACGGAUCGGGAAGGCGCUGAUAGAGCAGGCGGGUGAGGUUGCCUGGCGCCAAGGCGUUAGCCAACUCCGAAUGCAUGUUUCCUCCCAGAAGGCGGACGUCCUGAGCUUCAUCGAGAGGAGGGGAGGCGAAAACCUGACCGACAAGGACGGCUGGCAGCUACUGCGUUUCCCCAACGAGGUCCUGAGGAGGCUGGCAGCUGAGAGCAGAUUCUAGCGGGCUCAGGGUUCAAAUCCUACCCUCCACCCCUAGGCUCCUGGACGGGGCAUGUUUUGUGGUUGGAGAGGGAGGAUAGAUAGCCCACGAUGCAGGGGUAGCAAAAGCGAGUGCGGAGGAGGAGUUUGGGCAAGAGGAGAAGAGUCACAGAAUCACAGGAGGGACCCCCUGCGGCCAUCUAGACCAACCCCUUGCAAUGUAGGGUUGUUGAGGAAAAAAAAAAUUAGUCUGCGAAGAAGCCUGAAGAAAUUUUCUGAUGAUUCUGUGGCCUUGUUUUCGCCUUUGAUGCUUUUGCCCUUCUUCUUUUAAAAAAGAAAUAUUUAUUUGGUUUUCCAAAUUAAGGUUUUACAAUCGCAUAUCCAACAUACAUCAUAAAAACAAGAUUCAAAAGAAUAUUCCCUCCUCCCCUUUGUGGAUCCUAUUGUCGGCCAAUUCCUCCUGCAUCUUUUAUAAGACCCCUUAAAAUCUUGAUUUAUUAGCUACUUUAAGAUGGGGCUGCAUUUUAAAUUGCAUUUUAACCGGUAUUUUAAAUUUUUCUUUUCUUUUCUUUGGCUGGGUAUGGCGGGGUAUAAAUAAAAUUUAUUAUUAUUAUUAUUAUUAAUAAUAAUCAAAUCUUUUACAUCUUCAUUAUAAUCCAAAAUUCACCAAGUGUUAUUCUAGUCCCACUAAUGAUUUUAACUGUUUACAAUGAUUUUUUCUCCCCAGAUAAAUUGUAAUUUCUCCCCAUUGCUUAUUAAAAAUUUUAGCUUUCCGGA